CUGCUAAAUUAUAAUAGUUCAAACAUAUAUAUAUAGAAUCAUUUUGUAAUUAAGCUUCAUUUUUUGGCAUACGUUAAUUACUUCAUAAAUACUUUGUUGCUCAGAGAGAAUGUCCCGCGAAACUUCAAUCGGCAAGCGCACAGAAAGCCCGCACGAAGAAAUUGUGAAAGGAGAUUUUGACGGAAUUUCAACAAGCAAAUGCGCAGAAAAUCAAAGAGAAAACAUGAGAAGGAAUAAAGGAAACAAUAAAGAUAACGAGGAUUUGGAAGAAGUCUUUCGAGUGUUGAUUCGUCUCAUUCCUGAUAAAUCUGAAUGGAAAGCCUUCGUCGAGGAUGGAUUGAAAAUGCCGAUGUGGGAAGAAAGUGAGACCAAAGAGAAGAAAAUGGAGGAUCUCAGAAGAUGGAAGCGGGUUAGAGGAAUGGGAGCAACACCGGACAAUUUAUGUCUGAUUAUCCGCGAGCAUUUCAAGAAUGAAUCCAGCGUUGUACAAGCACUUACUGACGGGCUGAACAAGCUUUCGGAUAAGAUGAACAAUCUGAGCAUUUGUGCCCACGAUAAAACAACCAACUUACAAUCAGUGGAAGGACGUACCGUGAUAGUUGGUGCUGGAAACGUCCAAUAUCACUAAUAUGGCGAAUCUAAAUAAAUCAAAUGGAUCUGUAGUGUGAGGUUACGCCAUCACGAAUCGUUCAAUCAACUAUUUGCUCGCCAUUAUUCCCAUCUUUCAAAUCAACUUAUAUACUCUCUUUCGAUUUAAUAUAUUUCCCACGUAAUUCUUCCUAAUCAAUAAAUACCUUCAAGAUAACUAUCUAUAUCUACUUAUUCAUGUCAAACCCUUCAAGUCUUCCGUCAAUCGGUCUUUAUUGGGCGCUCCCGUAGUAUAUGUACCAAGAUGGCGCACAACCUGUUAACCCUAACCUGGUAGUGGUACACACUACACAUACUACGGGAGCACCCUUUAUUGUAUGUGCGAUUCAUCUCUAAACAUUUCAGUAGCUCUUGGCACUCCAGUGGUUUCCAUAACUUCGCUCAGUUUUCCUAUGAUUCUGAGUGAGUACGCGAGAUCUUGCUUUAAGCACAUUUUUCUUAAUAUAAAUUCCUGAAAAUAUCAUUAACAAAAUAGGAUUUUCAAUUGAAGUUUUCAAAACCAAUUUACUGAGGUGUUUGACAAGUUUUUCUUUCGAUUCAACUGUAUAUGGAGCAUUUAUUCUUAUCAUGUUUAAUCAAAUAUCUUUAAUUGUAUUC